AUGAAGCUUUUCGCCUUUUUCGCCUCAGCUUCCGUCGCCCAGGCGCAAUAUCCAAGCUCAAUGACACUCGAAGAGAAAGUCACCAAGGCCAUCGAUCGCUGCAACUUCUACAUGGAGACUGCCUACGUCUGCGAUCCGCCAAUCGACAAAAUCGGCAAGUACGAGCAUCGAAUUUCAAAGGUCUUGUUCGACGCGCUGCACCACUUGGCUGUUGGAAAGUGCCGAAUUCCGCCUGCGAUGGUGAGCGGCUACAACCCCGACUCGGCCAAUUACGGCAAUCGAAAACGACGUGAAACAGAAGUUCUGGAAGAAUCUCUUUUGGAUGCUGACCGCGAGUUUGCGUUAAUCGUCGCGUUGAUGCGAAAUGCGAACGAACAAAACGGCUUCGAAGGGAAAGCUCUCAAGUCGCCAAUGGCCAGCGAGAAGCAGCUCGAUCGGUUGAAGAAAAUCUGCAGCAAGUUCGCGUUGGGCGCUCUCAACGACGAUGUUUUGUCAAAAUGCCCGAAACUCGGCUCGUGGCAGCGAAGAAUGAACCACUUGAUGAACGAUUUGCAGCGAAUGGAAAACGUCUGCAUCAAUCAGAUUCCCGGUGAAGUUCCCGAAAACCCGUAUUACAGCUCUACCGGGCAAGUGGUCGAUCCCUACAACCCAACAACUCCCCCAAAUCCCUACAAACCAACCACGACCAAGGCGCCGUACAAAACGACAACUACAGUUGCUCCGCCAACGAUGCCGUACGAGGAAACAACCCUGUCUACAUUAACAGGAGUGACAACUGAAGAAACCACCCAAAGCCCCUACAUCGAUAUCACCACUGAGCCGACUACUGCGACUUCCGUCUACACAACUGACUACACUACUGAACCCACCACCACCGCUUCCUACACGACCGCCACUGAUCCCUACACAACUACCAAUAAGUACACUACUCCAGAACCAACCACCACCAGCUCAACUACCACCACUUCAACCACCACAACAACGACCACGACCACGACCACGACAACGACAACAACACCGACAACAACUAAAUACACGCCAAGUACGACUACAACCCGAAAGUACCGAACACCAAAAAGGCGCCAGCCAAAGAAGCCAGCCAACAACAAGGGCCAGAACAAACGACCAGCAAGACCCAACCGAAACUGA